AUGACCGGUGACCUGGCACUCUCGUCUCGCGUUUUCCAACAUCUAGAGUAUCCGCACCAUCUGGAAAUGUUCGACGCAACCCUCCGAUAUAUAAACCUCUUUAUUCUGCCCAAUCCUAAAUUCAGCAUCCCAACAUCAGAGAUGGACCCGGUGUAUCGUAUGCAUUCAAGGACUACGGACCUGGAUGCGAGCUACAUCUCGCAGAACACCGUCAACACUGUUCAAGCUCUCGGACCGAUGAGCUUUAGUACACCGACGAAGCCCGCGCCUGCAGUCACGGGUACCAGUAGAGCGGUGGUAUCUUUUAGCUUGAGCCCGACGCCGAAUAGAGAACGUGCUUCAACUCACAAAAGAAAUACCGUUUGUGUUCCGUACCAGGACGAUGGGUUCGACCCAUUCAUUAUCGAAAGCCCUGGAUGCUCUGUCUCGCCGCUGGGCCGACCGUUUGAGCUACCUGUCGGGAAGGAGAACACUCCUCCAAUAAAUUCUCCGCCCAAUACCAAUCGUGUUUCUUCAAUUAAGAUAGUGACACCCAUGGACUCUCCCUCCCCUUCCACGGAUCGGCGUCUCAGACAGGACAUCGCGGCAUUAUACUCACCCAAGGAAAAUCCGACGACCAGACGCUUCUCGACGCCGAAAAAGUUGACCAAGUCCAAGAAGAAAAAAGACAAAAUUAAGCGGAAAUCUGCACCGCCAGUUCUCGCCCUGCAUGACGAUCCAAACACUAGACAAGCGGACGAAUCGCAUAUCUUGAAGAAACUACAAACCUCCAUGCUUUCGCCAGUGAAACCUGCCCAUAUUCCGAUUCCCCCACCCGUCAAGAUCUCACCUUCAGCUGCAAUAUACGCGUUACCUCAAGCACACUUGAUCUCGCCCACACCCUCGCCGCCCGUUCUCGGUCGUAGGAACCAGAACGCAAGACCGAGACCGCACUCCACCUCGGGUUCUUCAUUCACAUCAAAGCUUUUUGAGCUGGACCUAUCGCCCAUAAUGGAAGACGCGCAGGUCUUUGGCGAUGCACCGCAAGUCCAGAUAGACGUGUCGAUUGAUAUCGACGAGGACUCGGAGCCUGCGUCUGUCCUAAACAGCUCCGACUCGAGCUACGGUGAAUUACUGCACGAUAUGACAAUUGACUAUUUCAGCCUGUCCCGAUAUGGAACCCUCGGAAGAUUAGAAUGGGCGAACGACAAAAGAAGUAGAUGGGCAGUAAUGUCCGCGCAUGAUCCAAACCAACGCACUGGAGACACAGCAGGCACGGAAGAUGAAGAUGCGAAUGGCUGGGAGGAAUUCACCAGCCAUGAAGAACACCAUCACCCACAGGAUAUAGAUAUCCCGGAGCUGACACUAACGGUGCCUACACCAGAGAUGGAGAGUUCGGCCGAGCUGCUGACCGAGGUCGCCUCUUCCUGA